AGGCAUGGAGAGUAGAAAACUGAUUUCUGCUACAGACAUUCAGUUUUCUGGCAGCCUACUGAACUCCUUGAAUGAGCAACGCGGCCAUGGACUCUUCUGUGAUGUUACUGUUAUUGUGGAAGACCGAAAAUUUCGGGCCCAUAAGAAUAUUCUUUCUGCUUCUAGCACCUACUUCCAUCAACUCUUCUCAGUUGCCGGGCAAGUUGUUGAACUGAGCUUUAUAAGAGCAGAGAUCUUUGCAGAAAUUCUCAAUUAUAUCUAUAGUUCUAAGAUUGUUCGUGUUAGAUCAGAUUUGCUUGAUGAGUUAAUUAAAUCAGGGCAGUUAUUAGGAGUGAAAUUUAUCGCAGAGACAGGUGUCCCAUUGUCACAGGUUAAAAGCAUCUCAGGUACAGCUCAGGAUGGUAAUGCUGAAACCUUACCUCCUGAUUCUAGUGACAAGAACCUUUUAAUACAAAAAUCAAAAGAUGAAGCCCAAGAUAAUGGGGCUACUAUAAUGCCUAUUAUAACAGAGUCUUUUUCAUUAUCUGCUGAAGAUUAUGAAAUGAAAAAGAUCAUUGUUACCGACUCAGAUGAUGAUGAUGAUGAUGAUGAUGUCAUUUUCUGCUCUGAGAUUCUGCCUGCAAAGGAGACUUUGCCAAGUAACAAUGCAGUGACACAGGUCCAGCCUAACCCAGGCCCUGUUGAUAUUUCAGAUGUUGCACCUUGCACUAGCAAUAACUCUCCCCCUUUAACAAAUAUCACACCUACUCAGAAACUUCCUACUCCUGUGAAUCAGGCAACUCUGAGCCAAACACAAGGAAAUGAAAAAUUGCUGGUAUCUUCGGCUCCAACACAUCUGACUCCCAACAUUAUUUUGUUAAAUCAGACACCACUUACUACACCACCAAAUGUCAGUUCUUCACCUCCAAAUCAUAUGUCAUCUUCAAUCAAUUUACUUGUGCAGAAUCAGCAGACACCAAACAGUGCUAUUUUAACAGGAAACAAGACCAAUGAAGAGGAAGAGGAGGAAAUUAUAGAUGAUGAUGAUGACAUUAUUAGCUCCAGUCCAGACUCGGCAGUCAGUAAUACAUCUUUGGUCCCACAGGCUGAUAUCUCCCAAAAUACCAGUUUUGAUGGAUCAUUAAUACAGAAAAUGCAGAUUCCUACACUCGUGCAAGAACCACUUUCCAAUUCUUUAAAAAUUUCAGAUGUAAUUACUAGAAACACUAAUGAUCCAGGCUUAGGAUCAAAACAUCUGAUGGAGGGUCAGAAGAUCAUUACUUUAGAUACAGCUACUGAAAUUGAAGGCUUGUCAACUGGUUGCAAGGUUUAUGCAAAUAUCGGUGAAGAUACUUAUGACAUAGUGAUCCCUGUCAAAAAUGACCCUGAUGAAGGGGAGACCAGACAUGAAAAUGAGACACCAAAAACGUCUGGCAGUGAGACGGCAAACAAACGUAUGAAAGUAAAACAUGAUGAUCACUAUGAGUUAAUAGUAGAUGGAAGGGUCUAUUAUAUCUGUAUUGUAUGCAAAAGGUCAUAUGUCUGUCUGACAAGCUUGCGGAGACAUUUUAACAUUCAUUCUUGGGAGAAGAAGUAUCCGUGUCGUUACUGUGAGAAGGUGUUUCCUCUUGCAGAAUAUCGUACAAAGCAUGAAAUUCAUCACACAGGGGAGCGAAGGUAUCAGUGUUUGGCUUGUGGCAAAUCCUUCAUCAACUAUCAGUUUAUGUCUUCACAUAUAAAGUCAGUUCAUAGUCAGGAUCCUUCUGGGGACUCGAAGCUUUAUCGUUUACAUCCAUGCAGGUCUUUACAGAUCAGACAAUAUGCAUAUCUUUCUGACAGGUCAAGCACUAUGCCUGUAAUGAAGGAUGAUGGUAUUGGAUAUAAGGUUGAUGCUGGAAAAGAACCUCCAGUAGGGACCACCACAUCUACUCCUCAGAACAAACCAAUGACCUGGGAAGAUAUUUUUAUUCAGCAGGAAAAUGAUUCGAUUUUUAAACAGAAUGUAACAGAUGGCAGUACUGAGUUUGAAUUUAUAAUACCAGAAUCUUACUAAACUCCUUUGAAAUACCAGAAAGUUUUGGUUUGGAUUGAGGGACAGGGGUUUCAGAAGACCUGUAAAACAAGGUGUAAGAAAAUUUGAUCUGCCACAUCAUCU